GGCUGAAUUAGCAAGUGCAAUUUUCAUUAACUGUAUUGACUUCAGAUUUUUCAUUUUUGCUAAGAUUUUUCAUUUUUUACAUAAUAAACCCGAAAAUGUUAGCUAUUCGCAGUGGAUUCGCUCGUUCCCUUACACAAUGGCGUCACCUUUCCACAAGUGCACGUCUGAGAAGUGCUGCCACAGCGACGGCCACCACACAAAAACUAGAAGUUCCACCACCGGAAGGUGCGGAAAAACCAUUUAACCCAAAAUUGAGUAAAAUUGUCGACGAAAUUGCCACACUGAACUUGCUGGAGGUGUCCGAGCUGAGCAGUUUGUUGAAGAAAAAGCUAAAUUUGCCGGAUGCCCCCAUGAUGCCUGCCUUUGGAGCGAUGCCAAUGGGUGGUGCUGCACCAAAAGCCGAUGAGGAAGAAGAAGAGGUUGCCGUCAAAAAGGUCCAAACUGCAUUCAAGGUGAAACUCAUGAAGUUUGAUGAAAAACAAAAGGUCGCACUAAUCAAGGAAGUGAAAAACCUCCUGGAGGGCAUGAAUUUGGUACAAGCGAAGAAAUUCGUCGAAAGUGCCCCGACCAUCGUGAAAGAAGAUGUUCCAAAAGAAGAGGCUGACAAACUGAAGGAAGCUCUUUCCAAGGUGGGAGCUGAAAUUGUCGUAGAAUAAGCCACAACUGAUAAUGUGUAGUUUAAAAUUUAAAUAAAAAGCAAAUAAAACCAGAAAAAAUUUAAAUUUA